ACCAACCGAUAAUCCAAACUCCUUAUUACGUUCUGAGCAAAAACUGAAAAAAGAACUUACGAAAUCAAGCUUAUUGGCUUUCCCUUCUUUCUCUUUCAUAUAUACAAAUAUAUAUAUUUAUAAUUUUUAUUUUUAUGUUUAAAUUUGUUUUCAUCGAAAUCAUCUCUCGAGGUAGAGAAGAGAGUGAGUGAGUGGAUUUUAUAAAGGUCGAAAAUGGGAGCUACUUUUUAACAAGUGUAGCAGAAGAACUCACUUCCCCAAAACACACAAACACAUAUCUUAUUCCAUUUCUCCAUAAGACAGCAAACCAAAAUUCACAACAAAAAUAAUUCUUCUUUUAUUAUUAUUAUUUAAUAUAGAAGAAGAAGAAGAAGAAGAAGAAGAAGAAGAAGAAGAAGAGAGAAGAAGAGGAAGAAGAGUCAGUCAGGUUGUUCAAUGUCUGACUCAGAGCUAGUUUUAUGUCUUUUACCAUCAAUUUUAGCUCUAUUCUUGUUCUUUAUUCUCAUUAAAAGAAAGCAAAAGAGGUUUAAUCUUCCACCAGGGGAUAUGGGUUGGCCUUUUCUUGGUGAAACCAUUGGUUAUUUGAAGCCUUACUCUGCUACUUCCAUAGGAGAUUUCAUGGAACAACACAUAUCAAGGUAUGGUAAAAUUUACAAGUCAAACUUGUUUGGUGAGCCUACAAUAGUAUCAGCAGAUGCAGGGCUAAACAGAUUCAUACUCCAAAAUGAAGGAAGAUUAUUUGAAUGUAGUUACCCAAGAAGCAUAGGAGGAAUUCUUGGUAAAUGGUCUAUGCUGGUUUUAGUUGGAGACAUGCAUAGACAUAUGAGAAUUAUAUCUCUUAAUUUCUUGAGCCAUGCUAGACUCAGAACUCAUUUACUCAGAGAAGUUGAGAACCAUACUUUACUUGUUUUAAAAGCUUGGAAAGAAAACUCUGUUUUUUCAGCUCAAGAUGAAGCCAAGAAGUUCACGUUUAAUUUAAUGGCUAAACACAUCAUGAGUUUGGAUCCUGGAGUUCCUGAGACUGAGCAACUUAAAAAAGAGUACAUAACUUUCAUGAAAGGAGUAGUUUCUCCACCUUUGAAUUUGCCUGGAACAGCUUAUAGAAAAGCCUUGCAGUCAAGAUCAACCAUUUUGAAGUUUAUAAAUAGAAAAAUGGAUGAAAGAGUCGAGAAAAUGAAAGAAGGAAUUGAAGAUUUGGAAGAAGAUAAUGACUUGCUUGGAUGGGUUUUGAAGCAUUCAAAUCUUUCAACAGAGCAAAUUCUUGACUUAAUACUAAGUCUUCUUUUUGCUGGCCAUGAAACUUCUUCAGUUUCCAUUGCUUUAGCUAUUUACUUUUUACCAGGUUGUCCUAGAGCUAUUCAACAAUUGAGGGAAGAGCAUACUGAAAUUGCUAGAGCUAAAAAGCAAGCAGGGGAGACAGAUUUGAAUUGGGAUGACUACAAAAAAAUGGAAUUCACACAAUGUGUUAUAAGUGAGACACUUCGGCUUGGUAACGUUGUGAGAUUUCUUCACAGAAAGGCACUAAAAGACGUUAGGUACAAAGGUUAUGACAUUCCAUGUGGUUGGAAAGUGCUUCCGGUGAUUGCAGCCGUGCAUUUGGAUCCUUUGCUUUUUGACCACCCUCAACACUUCAAUCCAUGGAGAUGGCAGGAGAUGAAGCAACAAAGUAGUGAUCAAAGCUCAACAUCAUCAAGUAAUUAUAAUUAUGGUAAUAAUAACAGUUUCAUGCCAUUUGGGGGAGGACCACGGUUAUGUGCUGGGUCAGAAUUGGCAAAGCUUGAAAUGGCUGUUUUCAUUCACCAUUUGGUCCUUAAUUACCAUUGGGAGUUAGCUGAGAAGGAUCAAGCUUUUGCAUUCCCUUUUGUUGACUUUCCCAAAGGUCUUCCAAUCACAGUUCGCCACCUCAACUCUUGCAUAUAAUUCAUUUUCUCUAUAUUCAAUUAUUAUUAUUAGAAGAUCAAGAGAUAUAUAUGAAAAUGUCUAUGAUGAUCAUAAUAUCUAUAUAUAUUUCUCUAUUUCGGGUCUCUUCUCCCAUGUUUGGAUAUAUAUAUAAUAGAAAGUACUGUUCAACAAAGCCCCAUUUGUAUGUGAAAAUAUAUAUUAGAUUGUAUUUUUCUUCUUUUAGAAUUUUCCAA